AUGUUCGACUCCUUUGACCAAGCAAGCCUUGAUUUAAUAAUUGAGCUUCAACUACAAGAUGCCCAGAACUUAAUCAAGGGAAAGCAUAGGGCAGGAGAGACCCCCGAUGGAGAGCUGGCAGCUGAGCUGUUCAAGCUCGAGCUCGAGUCCCUCGCCUCGUUCCAUGUAGACCAAGCCAUGAGUCGCAGUCUUGCUCAUGCCAUCCUGACAGAUGGUGAGGCCAUCCAGAGCCUUGUCGAGGAGGAGGAGCAGGCCGUACGCGACCGUGAGCUUGCAAUCAAUGGCGAAGCUUCGACGCAGGGGCCGGGAACCGCGGACCCUGACACAGCUAUUGAGGACGAUAUGGUCAAGAAGCUUGUGGCCUUGUAUGUCGGCGAAGAUGACCAUUCCGGAACCGCUGCAGCAUCCUCAUCCAAACAGGCAGCCCGGCCUAGCACUUCGACAGCGGCUAUCGAGAAACGACGUUGCGUGGCUUGCAUGACGGAUGUUCCAUACUUUGAGACGUCGGCAUUGAACGACGAGUCCCUAUUCCCUCCCCGAUGUUGCAGCCAGCCCAUACCUCUCGGCCUUAAUCAGAUUUUCCUCCCAGCAAGAUUAGCGGGACAGUAUCAGGCCAAGGAGCUGGAGUAUUCCACCAAGAACAGAACGUAUUGCCACAGAGCUACCUGUUCUACAUUUAUUCCGACGCCAUUCAUCCGGGGAGAAAUUGCAACUUGCGUCAAGUGCCAAAGUAAGACUUGCACUAUCUGCAAGGGCUCAUCUCAUGACGGGGACUGUCCUGAAGAUGUGGCGACGAUGGACCUGCUCAAUGUCGCGGCGCAGAAAGGCUGGCAGAGAUGUUACUCAUGCCGCAGAAUGGUCGACCUGGAAGUUGGCUGCAACCAUAUAAGUGAGCUUAUUCGCCGAGAUCCGUCAUUUGUCAAAACCGACUAA